UAUGUAUAAUGUACUCUGUGCCUCGAUCACACGAGACUGGUAGUUGUCAUAAAAUGUCAAACAAUGUCGUUUUGUUGUACAUGGCUUGUGCAGGUUCCUUGUUUCAGUUUAUUCGCAUAUACAAUGAAAAUAUUGUUUUUGAUAACUAUUGCCAUCAGUGUUGUAUAUGCUCAUAGAAUAAGAAAGGAAGACAAACUGUUGUUGAGUCCUGUUGAACUAAUUGAUCUGGUUAGAGAAGAACAACAUAAAAAUAAAGCUAUGCAAAUAAAACAAACUCCGGUGACUGUCCAGUAUUCGCAGAAAGUUAACAAACAAGUGUUGGAACCUGACGAUUCGGAGUAUGAUUCAGUUUCGUGUGAAGACGAUAAAACAUUAAUGAAUCGGAAAAUUUGGAGUCGAUGGAGUAAAUGGGGAGACUGUUCAGUGACGUGUGGCCCUGGCACCAUCACGCGGUACCGGCUGUGCGUGGCGGGCCGGUGCGCGCCCGGAGAACGAGAAGAGCAGCGGAGGCCCUGUGCACGCGCCCCUUGUCAUGUCGCUUUCUACAAUAUGACAGACGACCUGCGUGAGGCACCACACGAAUUGGUGGACAACAACGCAAGAUAUAAGAUAUUACUCAAGUCACCACAUUCGCUGACGAAACUUGCUAAAACACUGUCACUAGGGUUUGACCCUUCAUUUAGUAAGGAUUACUUCGAACCAUUUGAAAGACGACCAAGACCAGUAACACUAGUGGCUUUUCGGAAAAACGGAUUUGCUACAAGACGCCAAAUCAAAGGUGUCAACGGUAAAUCGUCAGAAGUAGCGGAACUGCAGUCACCGUUUAACGUAAUCAGUAACUUUUGGCAAGACGGCCAAUUAGAACCAUAAGUAUUAAGUCAUAAGAAGCAGCGAGCGAGCUGAGAUUACUUUUUACACAAAAGUAUCACAUCACAGAAAAUUGUUCAAUGAUUCUAUCUCAAAAAUUAUGUCUCAUCAUUCGUAAAGAAACAUUUUAAAUUCACCAACUUCGUGAAGGCAUUUAUGAAUACUUGUGAUUCUUGUAAACAUUAUAUCAGCUUCGGCUACGGUAUAUCUGAUUUCAA